AUGAGCGAUAACGUUCAAUCAGCUCGAGAGAGGCGGCAAGCUCGCAUUCGUGAGGGAGCGGCUGAUCGCCUGGCUAAAAUCACUGGUUCUGCUGGGAGAAGCUUCCAGACCGAGUCAGAGUCCCGACAGUUCAACAGAAAGCCAACAAGCCAGCUGGGCAAGCCCGAAUCAAGCUCGCCAGAGCACCACGACGACCCGCCCGAUGUUUUACCAUCAGAUUUGGACAAACCCCAGACUCAAUCAGAAGAUAGAUUCGCAGACGAUCCGUUAUUCAAAAUGCUGUCCCAAAUGCAAUCCAAUUUGAACCAGGACGGCAGCGGAGGACCUGGCGCAUUCAACUUUGAUUUUUCCGACCUCGUUGCCCAAAAACUUAGUGCAGCUCAAUCGGUCGAGGACACUCCGGCUGCCCAAGCACAAAGAGCCCGCUCCCAACGAUUCCAGACCGCUGUUCAUAUUAUUCUAAUGGUCCUAGUUGGCCUGUAUGCUUCAUGGAACACUUACAUGCUUUUAUCUAUUUUUACUACGGUGGAAGUUGUGCUCACCGUUGCGUUCUCCUUUUCGGCUCCACCGGCACGUCAGUCAAUGUUUAGCCCGUUUGUGGUUUAUUUGCCAGCUGUUCUCCAACGACCUGUUCGGUUACUUUUGGCCAAUGAAAUGGUGAUCCGCCAAACCUACCGCGACUUUUGCUUAGUUCUACUUGUUUACGGGCUUUUGCAUGCCUACGAUGGCACCGACGCAACUUCCAUACAUUACCGAGUGCCCGUAAGCUAA